AUGGCCUCAGACACUGCGAAACCGGGCUCCCCCCGUAAUGUGCAGGUUCGCACGGCCCAGCUCUCAGAUCUACCCGCCAUGGCUCGUGUCUGGCACGCCGCCUUCUUCGACGACGAGAUCAUCGGCAAGCUGAUGCACCCGCAUCGCAAGGAGCACCCUGAGGACGUCUAUUGGUUCCUGCUUCGCGGCUUGCGUGAAAGAUUUUGGGACUGGCAUCAUCAAUUCGUCGUCGUCACGGUGGAGGAGGAUGGAAAAGAAAGAGUUGCUGGGGCCGCUGAUUGGCGGAGGCUAGGCGAGGGCGGACGGAGGAGAGAGCUGGCGAGAGUGGAUCCCCGCAACCUCAUCAGCCCGGCUUUACACUACUACCACGCUGUCUCCCUGCGCCUGUUCCCCAAUCGCGCAGCAGACCCAAAGAACGCGGAAUGGCUUGACGAAGCCGUGUCCAAUUCAGAGAAGCAUUGGACUGGGGAUCGCGCUGAAUGCUGGGACUUGCAUGUGUGCGGUGUACACCCUGACUUCCAAGGUAAGGGCGUAGGAAAGCUGCUUGUGCAAUGGGGUGUAAAGCAAGCCGAGUCUGAGGGCGACAACGUGGUGGCAAGUGUGCUCUGCGGUGAGAAGAAUCGCGGGUUCUACGGAAAGGGUGGCUUGACUGUACAGGUAAGCAAGAGCGAGCAUGGGAUCGCGUUGUUCACUAGGUAG